AGCUGUAUGAUAUCAAGUGUGUAGCAAAGUGUGGAUUUUAAACACAAGGAUGUACAAGCUGUGGACAGCUUUGAAUGUAUUCAUGGUGUCCCUUCUGCAUCUGCUGCAAAGUUCUGAAUAUGGUUCUGUAAAGAGACCAUCGCUUUCUGCACUGGAAUGGUCAGAGCAGAUCAGGAAAGCUGCCAGUCUGGAAGAACUCCUUCAAAUUACCCACUCAGAGGACUGGAAGCUGUGGAAGUGCCGUCUAAAACUCAAGACUGUGGCCACCUUGGAUUCCAGAUCAGCAUCACAUCGCUCUACAAGAUUUGCUGCUGCUUUUUAUGAUAUAGAGAUACUCAAAGUUAUAGAUGAGGAGUGGCAAAAAACUCAGUGUGUGCCAAGAGAGACCUGCGUGGAAGUUGCAAAGGAGCUGGGCACUACCACCAACAAAUUCUUCAAGCCUCCUUGUGUGAAUGUUUACAGAUGUGGAGGCUGCUGCAAUGAAGAGAGCUUGAGCUGCAUGAACAUAAGUACUUCUUAUGUUUCCAAAAUGCUCUUUGAGAUUUCAGUUCCUUUAACAAAUGUGCCUGACCCAAUUCAAGUCAAAAUUGCAAACCACACAGACUGUAAGUGUUUAUCAAAUGUUCAGCGCCAACCAUACUCCAUCAUAAGAAGAUCUGUCCAGUAUUCAGAGGAGGAUCGUUGUUCUCAUUUUAAAAAAUUAUGCCACAAGGGCUGGAUAUGGGACACCAAUAAAUGUGAAUGUGUUGAAGAUGAAGAUCAUCCCAGCAGAAGAGAAGGAUUUCCUCCACUUGCUGAACUUGCUAUGUGUGCACCAAAUAUGGACUUUGAUGAAGAGAACUGUGAGUGUGUCUGUAAAUGGAAGUGCACUGGCAAUUUAUUUCAGAACAAAGAGAAUUGCAGCUGUUACUUGUGCACAGAGAACCAGGACAGCUGCUUUCAGAAACAUAAGACGUUUAAUCCAGAAACUUGCAGUUGUGAAGACAAAUGUCCAUUCCAGGCCAGAACUUGCCCAACUUCUAGGCCAGUGUGUUCAAGGCACUGUCGGUGUUUCAGGGGAGGAAGAGGCCCUCAUGGGUCUCAAAGCAAAGAAAACCCUUGAUCGAGCUUUUGUUACCCUUGCACAAAACAUGCACUCUCUGCUUUGCAAAGUAGCUGUCUGCCACAAGCUGUUCAACCAUAAUAAUCAUGGGACAUGGGUGACUUUGCUAGUAAAAAAAUUACAAUCUGCAUUUGUUAUGAAGAUUAGUGGGAGUGUGAGGAUGUUACCAUCUGGCUUCAGAUGUCUGCUACAACAGAUUAUCCUUGUUCUGCUAAAGGUCACUAAAAAGACCCAUAUCAAUCACAACUCUCAGAGAAGAAACUGGUGUGCUUGUUGCAGGAAAACAUUGCAGGUCAACCAGCGUUUUGGAAAUGCAGAAGAAAAUAGUUGUAUAUCAUCAACCCAUAGAUGUUAUUGAGCAUAUUUCUUUAGAGCAAACUUCUAUAGUUUGUAUUCAUAAUAUGUUCAGCACUGAAUCAUCUGAUCUACUGUCCAUUUUUUAAUUGUUCAGAUUUAUUGUAGAACUACUGUCCAAUAAUGUUUCAUAUUUAAAAAUGUAUAUAGGAAAAUAAAUGCAUUCAUUAUUAAUAAAUGUAUAUUGCCAAAUGCCAUUAGACAUACAACCUUAAUCACAAAAGAAGAAAUUAUAGGAAGAUUUUUAUUCUUCAUCCCUUCCGUACAAAUGAAGCUCCACUAAGAAACUUCUUAACUGGCACAGAUGGAUUCUCAGAGAGAGAGAGGUUUCCAGCACUUAUGUAGAAAAACCAACUGUGAACGCCCUGCAUUCAGAAGGCUCUAAUGAUGACAACAUAUAAAUGGGUGAACUGACUGCACUGAAUGGUGUUGUGUUUGAGAUACUGGAACUCUGCUUUACUGGACUGCCCAAAAUUUAAUAAAUACCGAAUUUUGUUCCUUUCUCCUUUUUUAAAGGAUCUGGCUGGUUUUCCUGUCCAGCGAAAACUGCAGAUCCUUCUGGAAGGAAGAGGUUAUCAAACUGCAUUGGCUGUUUCAAAAUUCUUCCUACAUGUAAUUAAAUUUAACGGAAAGAUCAGGUUGGAUUAAGGAUGUUUAGCCACCUGUUAGGCCAAAUGUAUUUUGUAACUGAGAUAAAUAUAUUUGUUUAUAAAAACAAGGUUAAUGUUAAAUUUAUGAUUGUAUAUAUUACCAGUGUUAAAUGUUAAAUUCUGAUGCUCAAGACUGUGGCUGCAAGACCAAAAAUAAAAUUGAAUUGAACAUUUUUUUUAAAAAGAA